UAAACUACGGUUGCCCAAUCCUGUUCCUAGAGAUGUACAGUCCUGAAGGUUUUCGUGUCAACCCUAAUUUGGCACACCCGAUUAUAAUAAUUAGCGGCUAGACCAGACCUCUAGCUGUUGAAUGAGAUGUGCUUUGUUAAGGUUGGAAUGAAAAUGUACGAAAACGGUAGAUUUCCAGCAACAUGAUUACGGCGAAAAUUGCUAUGCUGGUCAGUGGUCACUCCAGUUUUAAUUAAAUCCAAGCCAUGUGCGAACACAAUUGAACUUUUAAGUCCUAAAUUGUUCAAAUGUAGGAUUGUCCACUGCGAACUUCCUGAGCGCAGGUCUUUUUCAGGACACGGGGAAUGGUAAUCGAAACCAUUUCGGUAUUUAAUCGGCCUCGUUUGGGGGACUAAUUUUGGCUGCGGGUUGUUGUUUUUUUACUUUUUACUUCGGAGCGUCAUAGGCGGGAUCACUGAAAGAACUAUUACCUCGGAAGGCGACACGCGGCAAUACCGCUGUCCUCUGCCUACCUGGGGCCCUUGUUGUGUGCAGUUUCCCUGGUAACGGGACGUCGCUUCGUAACUGGAUGCCCAGAUGCAGAAGUGUGUCGGGGUAGUUUGCGUGUUCCUCAUCUUCUGCGCAGCACUGUCGGAGACCGUUGGAUUGGUGAUUGCGGCGAAAGAGAAGCGCGGCUGGACUUUAAACAGCGCAGGGUAUCUGCUGGGACCCCGUCGUAUUGAACACCUAAUACAGAUAAAGGACAGUCCCAGUGCAAGGGGGCGAGAGGAUCUGCUUGACGAAUAUGCCAUUGACAGUCACAGAGCACUCAGCAACAAGCAUGGCCUCGCGGGGAAGAGAGACCUGCCCGCGGAGGACGACUUCAAAUCGAGUGCCCUGAGAAUAGCGGACGAGAAUGUAAUACACACCAUCAUCGACUUCCUGUCUUACCUGAAGCUGAAAGAAAUGGGAGCCCUUGACAACGUCUCCCCUGCCCUCACAUCAGAAGAGGUGGGCCAGCCUUAGCCUGGGUUAGCAGUUAGCGUCACACGUACAGGAGCUGGUCCAGUUUCAGUACAAACCCCCCCCCCCCCCAAAUCUCUCACGCACUUUCCAAACUGACCGACACUUUGGCUCCUGGAGCCCAGUCUGUUCCCCACUGUACAAGCCGCCAGAACCUUCCCUCCUGCCCAACUCCUAAAAACAAACAUUGAGGAUUGAGUUUUGUUUGUUUUUUUUUUUUUGGUUUAUUUCCAGUUGGUUGUUUUUGUUUUUUUUUUGGAAAAAAAUGUCUUAUGAAUAAAACCUAGUUAAAGUGCA